AGUAUGAGGGGUGUAGAGCACAGCCUAAUCCGGCGGGGGAGAGCCAGCCUAAAAAGGCCCCUCUCCCUGACUCUACAUCCCUCAUUGUCUUGGAGAGUGGGGGGGUGGGGGGGGCAAGAGCACAGCCUAAUCCGGCGGGGGAGAGUUUAGCUCAAAAAGGCUUCUCUCCUUGACUCUGCCUCCUUCAAAAUGGCCGCCACUUUCUCCAACUGUUUAGGGGAGUUUGUUUGCUGAAUCUGCUAGUGUGUUUUGUCAGAGUUGAUGAUGGUGUUGUUUGUGGUAGCGUAGGCAAGAUAAAGAAAAUGGUGGUGUGAGGAGCAGUGAUGGCUGGCAUUAGGGGAGUGACUCUGGGACGCCAGUGAUCACUGUCUAGCCUCCUGGAGGUGUUGUGGGACCAACUAGACGAAACACUGGUGAAAGGAGGUUCCCACCUGAUGACCCCAAAGACAUGUUAGUUAUCACUGCUCAUUAGUCUGUACAGCUAAAUUAAUAGUUAUCAUAGGACAUGUUAAGCUUAGGGAGCUAUUCACUGAGUCUGGUCCAUUUUCUGUAGCACAAGCUUUGUGUUUAUCUUAAAUUGUAUUUAAUGAUCAUUAAAGAAUGUUACUAUAGUACUAUUACUACUACUGCUACUGCUACUACUACUAUUAUUACUACUACUGCUACUGCUACUACUACUAUUAUUACUACUACUACUACUAGUGAGUGAGUGAGUGAGUACAAGCGUGUGUGUGUGUGUGUGUGUGUGUGUGUUUGUGUGUGACAGAUCAAACACAGUCCCACUUGAAGUCACUGAGUUUCUUGAUGAGUGUGCAGACAUGCAGAUUCACUGAUGUUGCCUUCGUUUUGAACAUCUUCCCGCUCUUCUUGCUCUGCAGCCUCUCAUGAAUUUCAGGUUCUGAAAAAACAACGUAGUUCGUAGUGUGUCUUUGGCACAAACAACAAAAACAGUGAAUUUAGAGCCUGGUCUUAUAUUUUUAAAAAGUCUUGAUUCUGACUUUGUUAUAAAACUUCUAAACAGCAGAAAACUCAACUGGGGAAAGAUUCACAAUUAUUUUUCACUUUCUUGACAGGGAGAAUUGUACGACGUUUGCGAACAUUUUGACACUUUGAGGCAGAAAAAAAAAGGUAACAUACCUUACUGAGUGGACGUUGCUUCAUCAUUGCAGCUCUGGACGUCUGUGACAAAAGGCUGAGCAGGCUGUAGUGAGGCUGCGCCUUUGUGGCCACAGACACUGGUUGGUAAAUGUGCUCCAAGGUCGUCAUCAACAAACCUAAAAUGCAUGCUGCAAAAACAGCCCUCACCUUUAAGCAAGAACUUCUCACAUCAGUUAAAGUAAACUGUAAAGAGAUUCUCUGAAGGUGCUGUCAUUAAGAAGUUGGUCUUGGCUCUUUUCACAUCCUCUCAUAAGUUGUUGUAUCAGGGUUUUUCCUGGCUAGUUUUUCCGGUUGAGUGUUGGAACUGUUUGUGCCUGCAGUUGCAGUAGCCCCUUUUCGCCUAUAGAGGGCGCAGUGCGUUUAUUUAUCUGUGUUUUUCCACAGUCUGUGUAAUUUACAGGAAGUGAGGUACCUGGAAUUUGUUUUGUUUCUGCUCCAUAACGAGAGAUACUCGGAUGUUAACUUUUCGUCCAGCUGUUUGUUUUGCCCUUGUGGUGGCAAUAUAAUUUCACAAUUUUUGGCAUUAAACCUGUCCAACUACAACUACUUGCCUGUUCCUUGGAGGUCAUGAUGUCAUAAAGAGUUUAGCUGGCUGUGAAUCCCAGUGUACGACAGGAGUCACACUGGGUGGAACAGCACAGGUUGUAUCAGGGUUUUUCUUGGCCAAACAUUGGGCGGGGAUGGUACUAAGCCGUAUGACUACCAAACUAUACUUUCUUUACCUCUCCGGCCACUGCGGGUCAAAGCCACUCACUCUAUGCUUUUCAGAAUAUCUGGGAAGAAUGAGACGUAUUUAUUGAUAUAUGCUGUUUUACUGGUGUGUUCGUGUCAGAUUGAAGGUAAAACCUAUUUAUUUCUACUAAUAUUUCAAGUUUUGGAUUGCCUCCUUUUAUCUUUAAAUUGUGGUUGUUGUACUUCAGCACUGAAACAUGUAAAAGACAUGAAAUGAGACUAAGGGAGGGCAGGUGAGGAACAAACUAAAUUAGAAGAAAAUGAAAUGUAGUAAUAGCUGUCAAGCAGAAAAAACAAGAAUCCUGGAGUAUAAAAAAUGUAAAUGGGAACAUAUACCCAAAAGUAAUAAUAAAAAAGGAUAAAGAUGAAUUCAUUAAACUUUAUUUGGAAAGCACCCUACAGGAAACACAGCUCAAAGAAGAACAGAAAUAAAAUGUAAAAAAUAUGGUGAACUUGCUGUAUAAACUUUGUUUCUCCCAGUAAGAUAGAAAACUGUUUACAGCCACGUGAUCUGACACAAACAAAUAAGGGAUUUAUUGUAAGUCAGGCAGAUAUUGAAAUAAAUGUAUGAUGCUAAAUUGUACUUCAUGGAAAUGUAGGAGAGGUGGCCACAUGUGGCAGGUACGUCUAGUCCAGUGUGAGAGGAGCUGCUGUUGCCUACAUUUAUAUUUUUCCAUAGAAAAACUAGUGAGUAGAAACCUAAAUAACAAAAAACUGACUUCCUUUAUUUGAUCAGUAAAUUUGAACCUCUUAAUGAUCAUUAUUUCACUGAUUGUAGCAAGCAGUGUCAUUCUACAGUAAUCUUGAAUAACUCACUUCUCUGACCACAGGUGUGUGGUAUAGACACUAUACUCCUUCUACCUAAAUGCCAAAGUGUCUGACAGUAACAAUAAUAAUUCAUAUGAGAAUUUUCUUAGCUUGGAAAAGAUAUUGGUAAUAGUUACAUAAAAGAAAGCUAAAAGCUUGUUCCAUUAGAAUAAUUUGAAAGAACUACAGGAGUUUGCAUGUUUCUCUCAUGUUCUUCUGUACAGAAUAAGUAUCUACAGAGAAUGGAUGGUUGCAUGAAAUAAUCACAAACUAUUCCACAAAAAGAAGUUAAGUGUAAAAAGUCCAUCACCUUUGUGACAUUUGACAGACAGACAGACAGACAGACAGACAGACAGACAGACAGACAGAUAGAUAGAUAGAUAGAUAGAUAGAUAGAUAGAUUCUUUAUUGCUCUGUAGCCAUGGAAACUCUUAGCUCUAAGCUGCUCGCCAAAAACUCAUGGCUCUUAGUAGUAAUUUUUGCACUUUUUGCGUCUUUUAUUUUUCUUUACCACAAGCUCCAAGUAACAUGAUUUUUGUCUACAUGUGCGAUCUUUUAUUUUUAUAAGCCAAGUCAAGACCAACUGAACCAAAGCAACAGAAGUGCCUCAGAGUAAUUUUGUAACUUUUAAUCAUCAUCAAGUUUUCCUUUUUGAAAAUUUUGACAACUUUAGAGUCAUCUGGUCAACGCCAGUCUCCUCUAAAGAUAUCCAACCAAAGUGAAGUGCAUUAGAGUUUAUUUCGCAUCAACCCACAAGAGACACCAGCAGAUAACAUCUGCACGACCUCCUGCAGAGAAGCCAAGCAGAAAUCAAGAGUUCCCGAGACAGAAAGUCUCCUGGCAAACUCCACCAGAGCUGAACCGCUGAGACACCGGCAGAAUCCGUCAUCGUGAUAACGGGACACGGCCUCCAGGAGAAUCCACCUCGAUCCUGCGUCUCCAGGGUUACCACGGCAACCACAGCCACCUGGGUCCCAGCCGAGGGUCUUCAGCUACAGCGCAACUCACAGCUCCAGUGCUGGGAGUCCUGUAUUUGUGCAGAAGGGGAAGGAUUUACUGCUGGAGGUCAUGGAACCUGAUGUACCUGAGGAUUUUAGCCUUCUUUCAUGGACAUUCAAUGGAAAAGACAUUCUAGUAACAUUUUUACCUGGUAUUGAACCAAGAGUCUCUAAUGUUUACACUGGAAGGGUUGAAGCUUCUGUGAAAAAUUUCUCUGUGAAACUGCAGAAUCUACAAGAGGCAGACAGUGGAGUUUAUACUGCACGAGUGAUUGGGAAUCAAGAACAAAUACUGGCUGAAUACAGCGUCAGAGUUCAAGAUCCAGUGUCUCCAGUUGCCAUGACAGUAGACUCUGUGUCCAGCAGCUCAGACUCCUGUAGCCUCACUGUGACCUGCAGCACACAGGACUCACAUCACAUCAACAGCACCUUUACAUGUGACACCAACACCUGCAGUCAGGGGGGAGGAGAGAGGUCAAAGGUCAUAUCCUCUGGUGCUUCUCUCCAUGUCCACCUGCUGAAUGACUUAAUCAUCUGUAACCAUAGCAACCAGGUCAGCUGGAAGAAGAACAUGAGAAACAUUCGGAAUAUCUGCCCUCUAAAGACUGGUGUUUCUAAUGCAGCCAGGAGUAUUGUGAUUGGCACUACUGCUGGGAUUGUGGUUGUUAUCCUUUGCUCUGUCCUUUACAUAAAAUGUAGAAGAAAGAACCGCCAAAAUACAGUAUAUGAAGUUCCUCAGAGCAUCAGUCCAGCACAAACUCAGAGUCAGAGUCCUACAGAAGAUGCUCCAGGUUGUUCUCCCACCUCCACCUAUGUGUUGGUGAAGUUUCACAGCACACCUGUGGAAUCCACUAAGACCAAAACCACCAACUUGCCAGAGACUGUGUAUGCUGAAGUUAACAGAGCUAACAAGUCCAACCCCAGACCCCCCCCCAAGAAAACAACGCCUAGAGCUGAUGAAACGAUGAUAUAGGACUAUACCGCUGGAUGCUUAGACUGCAUUUUGGCUCAGCCAGGGUACAUAUAUAUAUGUGUGUGUGUGUAUAUAUAUGUAUAUACGUGUAUGAGUGUGUUUGUGUGUGUGUGUGUGUGUGAGUGUGUGUGCGCUAUCACAAAAUAAAUCAAUCGUAUAUAAAAAAUAAAUAAUUAUUUGUUCAUUGUGUGUUUUGAGAUGCUGAUAUAGCGCCCUAUAAGUCGGCGGGCUCGGUUGUCAUGGUUAGCUUACAGUAAUAAACCAUCAGACUGAACCAAGAGGUCAUGGCUUGUUCACUAGGUUUAGGAAAAGAUUGUGAUUUGACCAUUAGACAAUCUUUGGGAUAAGAACACAGAUCUCCCUUGUUAUAUUCCUAUGUUUUGUUCAUCCAUCCAUCCAUCCAUCCAUCCAUCCAUCCUUCCAUCCAUCCAUCCAUCUAUCAUCCAUCCAUCCACAUUUUAAGACUUUUCACUGUAAAUGUGCAGUCAUUAACGUGCAGCAGGUUUGCAUGCUAAGUUCUACAUUUUAUUACUAGAAAUACAUUUGCAGUUCUUCACUGUUUUCUUGUAAAUUUACAUCACAAUGCUGGUCACAAUUUUGUCAAUAAAUGAC